AUGGCUGACUACGACUCUGACUCUUCGGAUGGCGAAUGCGCCGAGACGAAUGUUCUUCUGGGCUAUGCCUCGAAAGACGCUGAAGAAGAUACGAUAAGCCACCUCGGUGGCCGUCCGGAGUGGCUGGACGCCGACAAGCCCCCCUCGGCAGCGCUCGCACGCUGCAAGAUUUGCAAGGACCUCAUGGUCCUACUGCUGCAGCUCAACGGCGAGCUGCCCGGGCGGUUUCCCAACCACGACCGCCGGAUAUACGUCUUUGCGUGCAAGCGCGCGAGCUGCAGCCGCCGCGAGGGCAGCAUCCGGGCGCUGCGCGGCGUGCGAGUGUGGGCGGACGACGAGGCGGCGGAGAAGGACAAGGUAACAGAGAAGGAAGAGGAGGCGAAGAAGCAGGAGGAGAAACCCAGGGAACCAGAGCAGCCCAAGCCGCGACUGGGGGAUGCUCUGUUUGGAGGCGGACCGUCAGCGGCGGCGGCGGGGAGCGCGAAUCCCUUCUCGUCGAAUGCGAACCCGUUUAGCUCUUCGACUGGUGGUGCUGCCAGCAGCCCAUUCGGCGCGAGUCCGUUUGCUUCCCAGCCGCCCGCUGCUGCCGCGCCUGCUCCGACCACGACAAAAGACAAGGACCUGCCCAAGACCUUUGCCGCGACGCUCUCCCUACACUCGCCCAUAACCGACGCCGUCCGGCCGCCGGCACCCGAGCCGUGGCCGGCGCCGGCCCAGCAGCCCACACCCUACCCGACGCUGUACCUCGCCGACGCCGACUACGAGACGCUGGACCCGGAGCCGGCCGACCUGCCGCUGCCCGCCAACGCGCGCAUCGAAGACGCCGACGCGCCCGAGACGACGUCGGCCGCCGACAGGGAGGCCUUUGAGAGCGCCAUGGACACGACGUUUCAGAAGUUCGCGGACCGGCUGGCGCAGAACCCCGAGCAGGCCAUCCGGUACGAGUUUGGCGGCGCGCCGCUGCUGUGCUCCAAGACGGACGCCGUCGGCCGCAUGGUGGGCAGGGCCGCGAUGCCGCGGUGUGCAGCGUGCGGCGGCCGGCGCGUCUUCGAGGUGCAGCUGACGCCGCACGCAAUCACGGAGCUCGAGGCCGAGACGAUGAACUUGGAGGGCAUGGAGUGGGGCACCGUCAUCGUCGGCGUCUGCGAGAGGGACUGCGUGCCCGGCUACUUGGCCGAGGAGGAGCCGGCGUAUCUCGAGGAGUGGGCGGGUGUGCAGUGGGAGGACGAGGGCGCGCGGAAGUAA